AUAGGAAACUAUAUCGGAACGUUUUGAGCUUACUCAAAAAUGACGCGUUGAAGUUAUUCCGUUCUUGACCUCAAUAGCAACGAAUGGCAAGAGAUACUUAGCUCGUGCAACUCGAACGAUGAAUGCUAAAAAAGCAAGAAGCUUGCCCAGGCUGAAUAUUCGAAGCGAUUUUCCAAAUCCAUAGAGUUGGAUUAACAGGAAAACGCUAGAUUCCAAAUGAUCAUAUUGAUAGAAUUUUAUGCACCAUGUGAAUUUUGAUGAAAAGCAAUUAAACAAGACUGCGUAAUACUCAAUGAAAAAGAUUAUAUACACCAGGGGAAACCUGUGUACAGAAAACGCGUGUCAUAAAAAACAUCUUCGAAAAACAUUAAAACUGUGAUAAAGUGGCGUUUGAUGUUUGCCAUUAGCCUCUUGAUUACGCAUCGAAAUCGAAUGAUGUGGAAACAAGAUGGACGUGUAAAGACGAGUUAAAGCGGACGUCAAUGUAAAUACGUUCGCAACAAAUGUACGAUUUUAUAUUUCGAUUGAGCAACGUAAACAAUGGUCAAGUUGGCCACCAAAAAUCGACCAUGAGCCCUGUCAUAGCGGUAUAGAUAAGAUCAUAACACGGUAAGGGAAAAGCGAAUAUUUCUUCUACUAUAGCAGAGUAUCGUUGCACUUUGAAAUCCUCUUUGUCCGCCAGCAUUGAUGGGACCUAGUUUAUAUUAGUAACAACGUAAUCGAACGGAUGACAUUUGUAACCUUCGUGAUGUUUUGUUUUUGUUUACCAAAGUCGGCCCGAAAUGGCUCAAGACCUUUAUCGUUAGAGUCUCUUUAAACACGACCACAGAAAACGUCAAAUUCGUGCGUACAAAGGCCUCAAAGUUACGUAUAUGUGCUCUUGCUCUGUCCUACUCAACAUUAGCGAAUCUAAUAAUUGCUCCUAAUUAAUCACUAACACUUAUAAUUUAAUAGCUAUUCUGGCUUUUUCUUGCUUACCGCGAGACCUGCAUAUAAAAGUCCUAUUAGAUCUGCUGAUGAGACGAUCAAGGCGCUUACCAGCCUAACAAGGUGUCUUGUCGACAUACUGCUCACACCUCUACAUCGAUACACAUUAAAGGGCGCCAUCUCGCUUAGCAGAACGUUCAGACGGCUCCAUAGACAGAGCGGUGGCCAGAUAUACAGGCACUGUUGUCGACGCCGAAGGCCUCCACCGCUCACGGCGAUCGUAACUCAUCGCAGCGCCGCCCUGGCGGCUAUUGGGCAAAGCUCGCGCGGAGAAAAGGCCACCGCAACAGAGCGGCGCCGACCACCGUUGAGGGAGGAUCGCGCUCCGUGUUUCGACCAUCUUUUCCCCCCUAUAAACACCACAAUUUGCACAAACACAUACACAUCCUAUCACCAUAUAUCAACUAAUACAUAUAUGCUCAUAAUAAUUAGCACGUCAAUCAUAAUCAUCCCCUUUAUUCCAUCGAAUAAUCCUGCACUUGUCUUUUCUACACUUUGAUUUUUAUUUUAAAAAGUACAUUACACAAACAUACGUAUAUACAAUAAUACUGCAAUAUUCAAAUUAUAUACUCAAGAUAUAUAUAUAUAUAUAUACACGAAUAUUUACAACAAGAGUAAUAUCAACAUCAUUGUUUGCUAUUGUACGGCACUUAUAAUGUGUUCGUGUCUCGGGCUGUCGUACACGUAAUGCGAUCGUGGUGGAGACCACGCGUUUCUCUAUUUGCGAUCAUUAAGUCGGUGCAGUGCAAUUAAGUUUAGCGUGAAAAACAAUCGGCUGGUAGUGAGAAGCAAGGGACCAACAACCCAGUGUGUCUGUGCCUAGCUGGAUAUUCUGUGCUACGUAAAUACUUGAAUACGUGGAGUGACCUCGUGUGCUUAAUAAGCAUGUUCAUGUAUGCGUGAAUAAAUGGCUAGAGAGUGAGAUCAUGCUACACUGUGUGAACCGGUUAUGCAUUUUCUGGAUAAUAUAACGCGAUAGCUGUGAAACAACAACGACAACAGCAUUGCUAACCACAGCAUCGGUGUGAGGUACUUCUCCACGAUGGAGAGCUAUCGUCAUACGAAACGAUGCCGUAUUGUUUUCGUAGCUGGUUCGAGCUUCAUGCUAUCACCACCCGCAAUGACUUGUUGACGCGAAGUCAGACCUCUGUGCUUGCACUAUACUCUAACUCAAACGUUCAGUCAGAUUGCUGUUAUCAGCUGAGCCAAUAUAAGUGCCUUUGCCAAAAUCUUCCGUUCUAUAGCGCAGGGAUCCCAUCCAUAGUCAUGCAAUGGAUAGCGUGAUCCUCUGCAUCGUGAGCCGCCUGUCAUUCAGCUGGGAACUAGCGAGCCAGUCAGCUCUUUAAGACGCUUCCUCGAUCUUCCAAUUCAUUCACGUUGCCAAACUCUUGUCCGACAUGUGCUGACAAGGUUAUUAACAGCGCCAUCUUUCAACGAUUCAAGAGAAUGGCCGAAGAAAUCUUCUAAGCUUUUUCCGACGUGAAAGCCGCUCUAAACCGUCAAGAAAAGAUCAACGUCAUCAUCCACCCACAAGCGGCAGCAAGAUUAUCUGUCAAGUCUACCCAAUACCUAUUAAAUCAUUUACCAUUGUACAUCAUGUAAACGAAUACACAGCAUCUAUUAUUCAUCUACACGCACCACAUCGCGACCUGCUUCGAAUUAAGUGCCAACUUAACUUGUAGCUGGUAACUUAAGGAAGCUUGAAAAUCAACAAUAACAGCAACAACUGAGUGUGUCAACUGCUUCAGUCACUAGAUUAACUUCAUUGUCAUCCCGACCGGUUAUCCGAAAUAGAAGCUAUUUAUGCCAUGGACUGUUAUAAAUAUUAUAUAUUGUUCUUGAAUUAAAGAGAAAUCAAAGAUAAAAAAGAAAUCAUUAAAGUAGCGGAAAAACAUCGCAUAGAACAUGCCGCUGAUUGGAAGCUGCGACAAUAUCCCGUUGAGCUGACGAGUCCUCAAGAUUUCCACUGAAGUAAUUAUUCGAACUAGCUUUGCGUACGGACCAUUCAACUAACAACAAAUAGCCAUGGGCUCAUUUUUUAAAAUGAAUGGUUCUCAUGCAGGACCUUCACCUAGUUCAGGACCGCCUUCUAUGAUACCGCAACAUUCAUCUAUAGGUGACAGAGGCUUCUACAGGAAGGACAGAGACGACUUCUGGGAGGCUCUAUCUAGCCAUUAUGAUUAUCUCAUGGAUGAUCAAUUAGUUACCACCUGCAGGGAGCUGGAAGCCGACUUUUCGCAGCAUUCCCUGUGUCCCGAUGAAGGAAUGUCGUCGUUGGGCUCGUCUCUGCCAUCACUUCCCCUUGCGGGCUGUCCACCGUCGCUUUCAGCGCUACCCCCUUUUGUUCAAGGUGGCAGCCUUGUGGGCCUCACUCCUCGGCAGCUCCUGAGUCGACUGGCUGAACUUCGCGAUUGGCUUCAGGAAAUGGAUACAAGACUCGAAAUCGAAGACGAUCCUGAUCGGAAGAAACACAUCAUAAAGUGGUCCUACCAGGAGUUGUCAACUUAUGGUGACUGUAAGGAUCGUCUUCUUCGUGAAGCUCAUAUGAUGACUUCGACAUCAGCACUCAUCGGUGGCGAACUCAGGGCUGAGAUAUCUGCUAAGGCUGAGGAAGUGUCUGAAAUGUGGUGUGCCAAGGAGAACGCCUGUUCCUUACCUCAGGAGAGCGUAGACAGCCUCGACAAGGACAAGCUGUUUCACGAUGUUACGACAGACAUGAGAUGUCUCCGUCGAUGGCUUCGCGACCUUGAGCUCCGUCUACCUGCGCCGAAGACUGUGCCCCCGUAUUGGACUCUUCACGACCUCAAAACAAAACUGGAAAAUCAAAAGAUAAUCCAACACGAAAUCGAGUCGAAGGGGAUCCUAGUUAAAAGUCUAUUGAAGCGUUCCGAUCAACUUCUUCUACUCGAACGGGAGCAGUUCGCCGUAGCCAAAACAGGUUCACCCGAAAGUCCGCAGCAUCUCGUUGAGAAAAAGUCGCUUGCCACUUGCACCGCAACAAGCUGCCGUACCACCUCCCUUCAGCAACAGCAACUAACCAGUGUCCUUAAUCAGCCACGUCCUGCGAACGCUCAGGUAGGAUUUGACGUCAAUCGAGUGGCCCGAAUAGCAGCGAACCUCGAACGUCGCUGGCACAGCUUGUGGAUACGCAGUCUCGAAUGGCAGUGCUUUUUCGAGCAACUGGUCGGAACGCAAGAACGACAAGAAAGCGGUCAACACCAGGACAAGGACGCAGAGAGCCCUUCGGUGUCUUCAAAUGAGACCUGGGAUGAGCCAAAGAGCAAACAGCCCCGUUUGGAUCUCACUCUGAUUUUGCCUCCCGAUAUCGAACAUCAUAUCAUUGAAAGCCAUCAAAGGGAGUAUAGAUCAACGAAACUAUCGACCAUUGAGAACCUUGGGGCUAACCAGAUCAACAUGUCAGUCAGCGCUCCUAAAAUGGACAACAUUAGUGUGGCACAAAACAAGCAAAUGCAGCAUUCUAAAAAACACAAACAAUCUCAUCCUCAGCAAGUGGCAAUGGCAUUGGCUGUAGGUGCGGUUAGUCAUCCGGAAGCAGGAAGCCACAGUCCACAGACAAAACUCAACAAGAGGCCACCAUCCGGCAACUACGAAGGGGGGCAAGAUGUGGGAUACAGCUCCGAAAGCUCAACACAACUUUCAGCCGAAGACAAAGCCGGUCCGGAUGAGCUGAUGCGUUUCUAUCCAUUUGGGACUGUCAAUGGGUCUGCUGAUACAACACCCGAGAGUCCAGAAAUGCCUUCAAGAGAUUCGGGACUUUCCGGAGGCGGAUCACCUCGCAAAUAUUUUCCUCUGUCCGCAAAAUGCUCGCCCAUUGAUGACAUUGAUCCCGAUGACGAUCAGGUACUGAAGGACGUUCUAGAUGAGGAUUACGUUGCUAGUUCAACUAUGCGUCUUUCUGGGUCCGCUCAGGAGUUCUACACAUUGACUUCGACGGCGCUGGACAGCGACGCUGAAAAUGUUGCUCGCCACGAUGAUUCCCAGAAGCAGCUGCAGGAACAGCUUUUAGAGGAAACGCUCACACCAGAAAAAGAUCCGUCGUCAGAGGUCGAUCGACCCAGUGAGAAUCAGCUGGGUCAUUCAGUCACCAUCGACGACCAGGUAGUGCAGUUGCGUCGAAAACCAUCGGCUUCACGCCAUUUUGCCCCUCUUGAUUUCGGUAACUCGACGACUUCUAUUGAUAACGGUAGCGGCAAAGUCAACCGAGUUCAGGAGUGGUUGCAAAGCUGUGAGGUACGCGCGGCCGAACAGAAGAUCACUGAAGAGCUAGCCGCAGAAGACCAGGACCAGCCGGACAACAGCCUUGAUAGGACGGAGCAGGAUUCAUGCGAUGCAAGCGGAGAACUCACAAACGAAAGCAGCUCAUCAUCAUCAUCAUCAUCAUCUUCUGAUAGCGAGAACGAAACGGGUGGAGAUGCUGACGAACGGCUGAAAUCUACGACGACCCUAAAUGCUGGCUCAGUGGAGACACUAGCCACUGUAGCAGCAGCAACUACACCGACGGAUUCGGAAGCACCGUCCAAAGUAGUCAAUCUGCGGAGCGGCAAGAAACGCCGCUCCAGAGAUAGACCCUGGAGUGUAACCGAAAUGCCACAGACGGCAAUCACUACAGCUGUACAACUGCCAACAAGCAUGUCGCGCUCGUUUACUGCUGCGACCAGCAGUGGCACGUGCAUGACACAGUCAACCUUGAUGUCGACGUCACCGACUGGCUGUCUUAUCGAAGCAGCAACCGAACGUCGAAGGCACAGCCGCGCCUCAAAGACGAAGACAGGCUCGAAUGCCUCAUCCGGAUCAGACUCGGAGGUAAGCGGUGAUGGAACUGGAGUAAGUGCGAAACGUAACUCGUCGACAACCUCACUAAUUAACCUAUGUGAGCCGGCUAAGGACAAGGCUACUCCUGUCCGCCGGCGAAGGUUAGGAUCCAAAGCGCUAUCAAAGUCCAAUCUCGCUUCCAAUCGGAGCAGCCACUCGAGCGCCAACGAUAAUAUGCAGGGGCUGUUCUAUAUAUGUGACGUCAUAAUCAUUCCUGACGACAUAGCUAACUCUGAGAACUCCAUGAAAUAUGGUGAGCCAUGCAUGAUGAUUGCGCUCAAGAAAGAGUACGAAGAUCCCAGCUGCCUCAAUAUAGUUCUAGAUGAAGUGCCGUUCCCCGAGGCAGUUAGGUCUAAGCAAGGGGCCCAUUCAUUGAAGAUGGUACAAAGGCAGCUUGCAUUGAACCGCUUUACCAAGGCACAGUUGUUGCAAUCAAAAUCGGUUCGAAGCUUGACGUUAACUAGUUUAGCAUGA